AUGGCAUCAACGGAGGAAUCAUGGAAAAACUGGUUGUGUGACUUGGAAGCAGAGGAUUACAGUUUAGUCGAUCAAUCCGACACAAACGUUGUUGCUGGAAGUUUCCCAUCUCAUCAUCAUGAAAUAGCCGCCACGCCACAAGAGGAGAACUUGCAAAGAUCUUUCUCUGCCGAUAGAUACUGCUCUUACGCCGAAAACUCCAGCACCAUGAGCAAUUCCUCAGGGGAUGAUGAUAACAACUUUGAGAGGCCUUCCAAGACUCUCAAGGUCGCCACUUCAAACUCUGCUAACACCGAGUACCUUCCACAAACAAAGGAAUCUUCUCUCUCCUCCUACGUUCUUUCGUUUAACAAUGUGAAUCCAGCACCAAUAAUGAACAUUGAUUCGAGCUUGAAGCCAAAAGGUAAAGUUGUGAAUCACGGUAAGUCUUUUCCCUCAAAGAAGGAACCUAGACGCAAUAUUCAGGAGGUCAAGAAGACUGGUUCGUUGGCUAGAUCUCCUCACCAAUCUCAAGAUCACAUAAUUGCUGAGAGAAGGAGAAGAGAAAAGAUUAGCCAGCAGUUCAUAGCACUUUCAGCCCUUAUUCCAGGCCUGAAAAAGAUGGACAAGGCCUCUGUGCUAGGGGACGCCAUAAAGCACGUGAAACAGCUUCAAGAACAGGUGAAGCUUCUUGAAGAGCAGACCAAAAGGAAAAGAGUAGAAUCAGUUGUGUAUGUUGAGAAAUCUUGGCUCUCUGCAGAUGAAGAUGUCUCAGACACCUCCUCAAAUUCUGGCGAUGGAAACUCCUAUGACCCUUCAAAAAUAAAUCGCUCGUUGCCAGAAGUUGAGGCAAGGGUGUCAGAGAAGAACGUGCUGAUUCGAAUCCACUGCGAGAAACAGAAGGGAUUGUUCAUGAACAUACUCAAAGAGAUAGAGAACCUUCGUCUAUCAGUCAUCAAUAGUAAUAUCUUGCUUUUCGGGACCUCCAUAGUGGACAUAACCAUCACAGCCGAGAUGGAUGAUGAAUUCAGUCUGAGCGUGAAGGAGCUGGCUAAAAACCUUCGAGUGGGACUAUUGCAAUUUAUGUAG